AUGGAAGAAGGGGUGUUUAUGGUGAGAGUGGCUGCUCAAGCGGAGAGGUAUGAAGAUGCAGUUGAUUUAUUAACAAAGGCCUUGCAACUAUCUCAGAAAGAUGCAUCCCCAGAGGUUGUAGAGCUUCUUUCUGCUACCUUCAAAGACUUCAUCAGCUCUGAGAGAUCAGCCUGGAAAACAGUCAAAGCCAUAGAGCAGAACAAAAAGUAUGCAGAGUAUGCGCCAGACUUAGCUGAGUAUAAAGAUAAAAUCAGCCUCGAACUUGACCACAAGUGCCGGCAAGUCAUUGACAUUAUUCAAGAGCAUUGUCUGUCAAAGGCUACCACUGAUGACUCUGAGGGGAGUUGCACCUCUAAAGUGUUUUAUCUGAAACUGGUUGGAGACAACUACAGAUACAUUGCUGAGACAGCUUCUGGGCCAAGGCGAGACAAAGCCAUUGAGAAAGCUGAUAGCUUCUAUAGGCAAGCCACUGAUUUCUCUAAGGCUCUCCAUCGAUAUAACUCCAGCAGGCUUGGGUGUGGGCUAAACUAUUCGGUAUUUUGGUAUGAAAUCAUGGAGGAUAAAUCUAAAGCUUUACAAAUUGCAGAAGAAGCUCUAGAGGAAAGGAGAGAAUAUAUAUGACAGGAUGAUUCAGACGAAGUUCGAGACUCUCUCCCCAUUCUUGAACUUUUGAGAGAGAACAUUGAUAUAUGGAAAGAAGGUGAAGAUAGCCUUUAUUAACAUUUAAUUAC